AUGCAACCGGCAUUAGCACCUCAUCCUUCUGCUCAGGACCAUGCGGAUCAGGUGCUCCAUGAUCAGCUUCUAGCUGCUCAACAUCAGCAUCUGACGCAUCCUCAGCAAGCUCGACCCCAACCUCCUGCACCGCAACCUCCGCACAUGCAGCCCAACACGCCGGCUCGCGAUCAGAAUAACAUCGAUCCUGCCAUUUCAGGCGCUACCAUGCUGGCCGGCCCACCCCAAACUCCCAGCCAGCCUGAUGUGACUGGCCAGGAGACCCCAAAAACCUACGGCAAACGGCCGUUAUCCACCUCGAAACGCGCCGCACAGAACCGUGCCGCGCAGCGGGCGUUCCGUCAGCGGAAGGAAGCGCAUAUCCGGGAGUUGGAAGGCAAGGUGAAGGCAUACGAGAACAUGGGAGAAGCGAUCAAAGCUCUGCAGGCGGAAAACUACCAGCUCCGGGAGUACAUCAUCAACCUGCAGUCUCGCUUGUUGGAUUCUCAAGGCGAGGUUCCGGAGCUGCCUGGCAACAUCGACCUGAGUCAACCGCGGAGUGAAAUUCCUGUGCCGCCUAUUCCCAACUCGGGGACGACCACCUCUACUGCUGCCCCUCCUCCGACUGCACCCCAGCAACCCCAGCCUCCUCACGCUCAAGCCCCCACAUCGAAUGACGAUAUGAACUCCUUGAACCGUAUAGCUGUUGCCGGGCUUGGAAUGCGCAAACCUCCUACCGAAGAGGCAAAUUAUCUUGGCAACAACUUUCAGGCACAGGCGAGACGCGUCCGUCCUGAUGACGGACAACCCGAAGCUUCGGAACUGCCCAAGCAGGAACAAUCACAUGGGCUCCCGCUCAUAUCAUAG